ACUUUGAAUCAACAGUAAAAAUGUCAGGUUGAGUGGUAAAGGAAACUUAUGGAUUAAGUUUGCAACAAAAGUUGAACGAAAAAAAAUGAAUGCGAAAAUGAAUUAUUCGUUAACAUGAUUCAUUCAUAGUUUUUACCUUUUUUUACUCCAAGUGAAUGAAGUAAAAAAGUUAAGUCGAUAGUGAGCAAAAGACGAGAACGCAAGAUCACUGGAAGAUCGAGAAAAUGAAGAAUGAGUGAGUAAGGCGAAGAAAAAAAAAUCAUCUCAACUUAUUUUCAUUUACAGUUUGAAACUUGUUACUUUGCACAAACACAAAUGCCUUACAGUUUUAUAUCAUUUUAUUGCCUCCAACAUCUCAACAUGUGUUUCACUUGGGCUUGACUUUUCAUCCAAUCAUCAUUUGUCUUUAUUUUGGUUCAUUUUCAUUUUUCUCCAUUUCUUUACUAGUCUUGUGAUUUGGUCGAGAUAAGCUUUUCCGUCUCUCAAUAUAUCCUCAUCAAUCGUCAACCCAAUAAAAGUGUAAAGACAAGUGAACAAAUAGUUUUGUGUGUUUCUACAGAAACUGAGAGAAGAAGAAGAGAAAGAUCGAGAGUUCAGCUUUUCAUUUGUCAUCAGAUCUUUUUGUUUUCCUCACAAUUCCAUCAUCUGAGUUUACUCUUCACUUUGCUCACUCCAAACGUCUCUCUGUUUUUUCCUGUGAGUAUCUUGAUUGUGACCAGUUUGGUGAGAAGCAAGUCAACAUCAACAACAAUUUUCAUCAUCAUGUAACCAUUGAUUGGUGAUUAGUGAUAAUAAAAAAAGGAUUUACUCGAUACUAGACCAAAAUGGGUUAAACGCUUUUUUACUCGCAACCUUUUUUUUCUCAAGACUUUUACACCUUUUGUUGAGCAUGCUUUUAUUUACCUCAUUUCCAUGUGAAAAGUUAUCCAGGUAAACGCUUUUAUCGGUGAUUCACUUUUACUGUGCCUAUUGGAAAAGGAGAAAUUCUGUGAUAAAUUCAUUUUCUUUUGCACAUUCAAAGUUUUUUUAGUUUUUUUUAAAUUCUUGUUAUGUUUCACUUGACGGUGGAAAACGUUGAAAAGUGUAUUGCCAUUUAGUAAAAAGGAACGUUACAUUUUAGUUUUUUUUUUCGUGGUUUUCUUUUGCGCUUUUCCUCUCUAAUCAUUGAUUAUUAUGAUUAGUAAAUCUUCAAUAUCUUCUUUACCAUCCUGUGAAUCGUCAACAUUUUCUUCUCCCUCUUCUUCUUCUUCGUCAACAUCUUCUCUACCCACAUUAACCAGUAUCCAAUGUAAACCUUCAGGUUCAGAAUUGAUUAUUUACUCUUCAACCUAUCCAACAGCCUUACCAAGUAAAGAAGAUUCAAAGGAUAAAAGGAUUAGUCAAUCGUCUAAUGAAGAGGCAAGGAUUGGGUUAGCCAAGCGACCAAACAAAUUGCCUUGUGAUUCAACGGUAAUCACUUGUUCAAAUGGUGGUGAAGAGUGUAAAGAGAAUGGCAAUAAAAAUGAUUACGAGUCAAACGAUGAGAGCAAUGGGGCCAAUGAGGGUGGUGAUGAGAAUGAUGGGGAUGAAGAAGAGGAUCCAAGUGAAGGGUUUAGUGAUGAAGCCAAGGAAAACAGUGGUAAACAGUGCAAGGUAAAGUGCGAUGGUAACAGUUGUGCAUCUGGUGAGGGUAAAGAGUCGAGUAAAAAGGGAAUCAAUGGGAUCAUGAAGAGUGCAACCUCACCGGUUGAGAGAAAGAAGCGAGCUCGAGUCGAGUUUAGCAACAUAGUCAAUGAACGUCGAGCUUCCAACAUAACCUACUCGAAUCAAAAUGAUUUCAACCAACACCUCAAUCAUCCACGUCAUCAUUACCGUGAAUCUCGCCUAAGUGUUCUUAUAACAAGUUCAGCAUCAACAGUCAACAUGGGUAACCUUUCCUCUGGCCAUGGUCGCUCCUCACGACGCUACCAUUCCCAUGCAGAUUUAAACUCUACCCAAGGUUCAGGUUUGAAUGAUGAUGAGGGUAGACGUGGAAGUGAUUUAAUGAGACUCUUUACCAGACGCCGAUCCAGGUCACCAACCUCACUGUCGGCCGCCUCUUGCCGUAGAUUGCAACAACCUCGACUCAGUCUUCUUGGUAAACCGAUAGUUCCUCGAUCGAUAAAACAGCGAGACCCAAGGUACAGACGAACCCAAAUACUGAUUCACAAUUUGCUGGAAAGACCUCGAGGCAAACUAGCUGUCAUCUAUCAUUUAUUACAUGUUAGCAUUAAAUCAAGGCAAUCUCUUUUGGGAAAUCUUUCCUUCUCUUCCUCUUCCAACUUGUUCCAUUUUCUUUCAAGAUAAAUACUCAUCAUCAUCCAUGCUAUAAACGAAAAUGAUGAAAGUUCAACUUUCCAAGAAUCAAAGAGAACAACUUUUUGACCAUUUUAUCAAAUCAAAGUUUUCCAAAGUUUACACAUUUGAAGGCAAUUUUGUGGAAAAAAAUCACUGUCACCAACU